AUGGACCCUCCCGACCCUCUCCUGAGCGAGCUCUGCUCAAUAUGCCACAUCAAUCCCCCCAAAUACCGCUGUCCACGCUGCUCAACCCGAACCUGCUCUCUACCCUGCACAAGACGCCACAAACUCUGGUCCCAAUGCUCCGGCGUCCGCGACCCAGCCGCCUACCUCAAGCGCAGCGAACUAGCCACCCCCUCCGCCUUCGACCGGGACUUUAAUUUCAUUUCCGGCAUUGAGCGCUCGCUCGAGCGCGCUGAGCGCGAUGCUGAGAAUCGUGGGAUCGAGCUUGGACAGGCGGCUGCCGAGUCUGCUGAUGCGGGCGGUGGCGAACAGGCGGCGAGUACUGGCACUGGCGCUGUCACUGGGCAAAAGAGAAAGCACCCUGGUGGUGGUUUGGUGAAGGGUGAGGCGGGCUUCUUGCGUGGUGCGGAGGCUAGUGGUGUGAGGGUUGUCAGGGCGCCUAGGGGGAUGUCGAGGAAUAAGGCGAAUGGGUCGAGGUGGCAUCCCAAGCAUAAAUGUUUGAGUUGGUCUGUUGAGUGGAUCUCUGCAUCUGGCGAGAAGAUUGUUAGGAAUUGUCUUGAGACGGGCAUUCUUUCCGAGGCUUAUAAUCGUGCUUUUACGCUGCCCAAGGAGGAUAAAGCUGGGAAAGAGGAAAAGGGAGAGCAAAAAGAAGGUACUGCUGCGAGUCUGGAUCAGUCCAAUCUAUCCUCGACCUCAGAGGCUGCUCCAACCACCGAUGCCACCGCCGAUGCCUCGAAGGAACAACUACCCGCGCCGUCAUCGAAAAUAGAUACAAUCGAAGAAUCUACAGAGACAGCAGAAGAAAAAUCGCCGAAGUUACUGAUCGCCCCGCAUCGUGACGUUUACUUCUACAUCCACCGCCCACAAACGAAGACAAAGAAGCCAGUCUUGGCUCCCCUGCCCCCAUCAGCAACGCUAGCCUCUGUACUACGCGGACGUAUGGUUCUAGAAUUCCCGACUAUCUACGCGCUGCCUGACUCAGCGGAAAAUCUGGGCGCUGAGAAUGAAGACGGGCGGUUCAUUCUAGAAGAGGAGUAUCUACGGACCGCGAGUCCCGAAGAGAUUAGCGGCAAGUCCGGGGAGCUGGAGCUUGAGGAUACGGGCGCUGAGCAAGAUGCGGAAUCAGAGCUACAGAAUUUGGAUGAGAAGAAGGUGAUGGAGGUCCUGACGCAGGAUCUUUUCCAGCCGCUUCCUGAGGGAACAUCAUGA